GUGCAAGGGGCGGAAUGUGACGCUGAAUGCUUGCCUAUCGGCUUGGGAGGCUUUACUGCUUAGCUAAAGAGACAACAGCUAAACCCUGGCGAGGGGAAAGAGAUGAAAUCUCGAAAAUACACAUAAAAAAAGAAGCAUGUUGUUGCGUGCGCAUUGACAGUUCGUGUUUACAGCCAGAUCUCUGCGUGAUCCAGAACUCCAUCGCGACGUUCCCAAACACACAGUAUCUUCCUUCGCCUUCCUCUGCCGAGACCCUGCAACAUGGAGAGUCCUGGCCGCAUCGCCAAAGACUGACCGGAAGGAAGCGAUGAGGGCCUUGAGGCGAAGCUGCCAAGCUGCAUCGUGGAUCCAGUAGCUGGGAUUUUCAGUACUUGUGUACGAGUGCGUCUGUGUGCGAGUGGGCGCAUGCUAGCACAACCUGCCCACUUCAGGCAGGGGCAUGCUUCUCUGAGGCUGGAGUUGAAGAAACGAAGACAAAAGGAACCCACAUCCGUAAACCAGGAACAAGACCAAGAGUUGUUCUUCCACUGGUUUCUUUCACCACCGUUUUACCCGCGCUGAAGCGUACAAACGUUGACCCUGCUCUGCACGCCACCUCCCUUCUGUGCCGUGUCGCUCGCCCCCCUCUCCUCCUCAAGUGUCCCGCUAGUUGUUUUGGAGCCUCUGUGGUUUGCAUGGCCGGGGAGUAAUCGUGGAGAGGCCAGGGUAUCACAAGCUUAUGGAUUUUGACAAGAGAGGGGGCAAGGGAGAGACAGAGGAAGGGAAAAGGAUGUCCAAGGCAGCCGGCAGCAGGACUGGCGGACGAAGCGGAGGGACCAACUCUGGGGUGCUCAUGGUUGGCCCAAACUUCCGUGUGGGCAAAAAGAUAGGAUGUGGCAACUUUGGAGAGCUACGACUGGGGAAGAACCUCUACACCAAUGAAUACGUGGCCAUCAAAUUGGAACCUAUUAAGUCCAGGGCUCCCCAGUUACACUUGGAGUAUAGAUUUUACAAACAGUUGGGAAAUUCAGAGGGAAUCCCCCAGGUGUACUACUUUGGGCCAUGUGGGAAGUACAACGCCAUGGUGCUGGAGCUGCUGGGGCCCAGCCUGGAGGACCUGUUUGACCUGUGCGACCGCACCUUCAGCCUCAAGACCGUCCUCAUGAUCGCCAUCCAGCUGAUCACCCGGAUGGAGUACGUCCACACCAAGAGCUUGAUCUACCGAGACGUCAAGCCGGAGAACUUCCUGGUGGGGCGGCCGGGGAGCAAGAGGCAACACACCAUCCACAUCAUCGACUUCGGCCUGGCCAAAGAGUACAUCGACCCGGAGACCAAGAAGCACAUCCCGUACCGAGAGCACAAGAGUCUGACGGGCACCGCGCGCUACAUGAGCAUCAACACACACCUGGGCAAAGAGCAAAGCAGAAGGGACGACCUGGAGGCCCUGGGUCACAUGUUCAUGUACUUCCUGCGUGGCAGUCUCCCCUGGCAGGGCCUGAAGGCGGACACGCUGAAGGAACGCUACCAGAAGAUCGGAGACACCAAGCGGGCGACGCCCAUCGAGGUGCUCUGUGAAAGCUUCCCAGAAGAGAUGGCCACCUACCUGCGCUACGUGAGACGGCUGGACUUCUUUGAGAAACCUGAUUACGACUACUUGAGGAAACUCUUCACGGACCUGUUCGACAGGAACAGCUACGUGUUUGAUUAUGAGUACGACUGGGUGGGCAAGCAGCUGCCCACACCGAUUGGCCCGAUCCCAAGUGACACACCCCUUCAGCCCAGCAGCAGAGACAAAGCACAACAGCAGACCAAAAACCAGUCGCCCGAGCCCAAAGGAAGCGAGUCUCAGCCCACUCCGGUGACCAAUAAGGAGACGCUGGGGUCACACCUAACGACCGAUAGGCUGGGGGGCUCUGUCCAGGUGAUGAGCUCGACCAAUGGAGAGCUGAACACAGACGACCCCACCGCUGGGCACUCCAACGCUCCCAUCACUGCUCCCACCGAGGUCGAGGUGGCCGAUGAUACAAAGUGCUGUUGUUUCUUUAAACGAAGAAAGAGGAAAACCCUCCAGAGGCACAAGUAAACAGAACGACUUCGGAGAGAGAACUUGAAACAUUCUGGUCACUGUCAAGUUUUAAGUGGAAACAACUACACAGAUCCCCAUCCCUCUUCUUCCUCCCUCGCUCUGUCUCUCUCCUCUCCCCCUCUCUUUCUCCCCCCCCCCCCCCCCCCCUUUACUCCCCUGCUACAGGCGAGUAAAGGAAAUGUGGUUGUCCUGCAAAGUUAAUCACUCAACAACAGACUCUGGUUCCUUUUAACAAAGAAAAAAAAAAAAAAAAAGAAAGGAACGUUUAAAUACUUGCAUAAUAACUGGGGGUUGAGGAAAAGUUAAAGCUGUAACAACGACACACGAAUACCGUGACGUGAAUAUGAAAAAAAAUUCUCUAUAUACUGUUUGAAACAGUUCUUGUAUUCUAGAUUCCAUACAGAACAAGUGUUGUUCAACAGCCAUUGAUAUGGGGCACUUGUCAGUGGGUCAAGUGAAAGGAAUCUGUUCCAUAGACAUAGAUCUUUAUUUGUGGGAUCAAGAUCUGGGGCAAGAAUGAACUAUACUAAUGAUAACUCUGGAAUCACUGAAAGCAACAGGAAGCAUUUCAUUUAAAGCAGAAUUGGAGGAUUUGUAUGUAUUUUUUGUUUCUUUUUUUUGUAAUUUAAUCCUCAGUUUUCGAAGUUGACUCCCUGGAUUGAAAACAAACUUUUACUUUUAUGUUGUAGUGUUCUGGAAUUCUUUUUUUUUUUUUUCUCUCUCUGGCUUUCUUAUUGUCUGUUGAUGUGGACUUUGUAGCACAGUCACUGUCCUCAGGUACUGUGGAAGAUUGAGAGAAACAGAUAUUAAGCUCUCUUAUUAUUAUUAUUAUUGCACUUUUGGAAGAAAAAUACAGUGGAAUUCUAGGUUUGAAAUUAACAGACAAGAAAACAACUUAAUAAAGACUGAUUUUAGGAAGAGUCCUACACAAGGCUCAUAUCUGAGUAAUGGCCGAAAUGUUGUCAAUUUACAUGAAACCGGAUAUGUCUUUCAAUUUUAUUUCUUACAUCAAAAUAAUUUACCAGGAAAUCAUAGUUUGUGCCUUUCCAAGUAAAAUGUUUAAAGAUCAAGUGUCCCGCAAUGAGAUUUUAUCUGAUCAGUUCCAAGUGUUGCUCAUCUGAUUCCUGUGUUGUACUGUCUGUGAUGUCAUCAGAAGGCAGGUGAGAGGCUCUCUGUAGAUGCCUCCGCCACAGGCCCGCAACCCACCCACCCACCUCCCUCUCCAGCACCUCCGCUACGACAAUCAAGAUAUCCUCACACGCCGACAAGGGGAGGAUUUGAAAGUGUGUGCAUUGCAAACUCUUAACAUGUUCUAGUCACUGUUGACAGGAUGUUUUUGGUCAUUGUUCACUUUUAGUUAAACGAUCAGUUGAGUAUGUAGAGCUGCCAUAACGUUUAUAUGGUGUUAUCUCUCACAAAUGAAUGAUUGCCGACAGAAGAAGCCACCGUACUUGUUUUGGACACGCAAUGUUUAUCAUUUGGAGUUUCCUUUGCUGCUGAAGUGCAGUAGUUCCGUGUAUAUUGGCUUGAACAUUGUAAUGUUCUAUGUUUCUCUUGGACUAAUAUGAGAUGUAUGUCUGGCAACUUGGUGCCCUGUCGUCU